AUGUGCUAUGCUGUUCAAGGCGCUCCGGACACGAGCAAAGUUUACAGGGCUUGCAAUGCCGGUACCUAUUCGAGCGGCGACGCUCAUGCUGACGGUGUGGCUUAUGUCCUCGCGGACAUGGAGACCGUGACUCCAAAUCAUGUGAACUACGACUACUACACCAUGUCUCCUUGUCCCACAGCAGCUAUCUAUGGUCACGCCACCUGCAACUCGGCGCUUUUUGAUAGCGAUUGUGGUAUAUGCGUAAGCUAUGCUAAAUCCCAGAUUCUAGCGGACUGUUCGAACUGUCUUGGCGUUAACAUGGUGCUUAGAGAUUGUAGUAUGAGGUAUGAUAGCUACUCAUUUACUGAUUAA